UUGGCCUACUGCGUGGUGCAGUUCAUGGAGAAGGACGCCACGGUCACAGAAUACAUUAUUGAAGGUCUGCUGAAGUUCUGGCCAAAGACGUGUACGCAGAAGGAGGUGAUGCUACUGGGGGAGUUGGAGGAAAUUCUGGACGUAAUUGAGCCCACUCAGUUCCAACGUGUGCAAGAGAAACUCUUCAAGCAGAUCGCACUCUGCAUAUCCAGUCCGCACUUCCAGGUGGCGGAGAGAGCUCUGUACUUCUGGAACAAUGAGUACAUUCUGAGUCUGAUCGAGGAGAACUGUCAGGUGAUCCUGCCACUGGUCUUCGCCACCCUCUACAGAGUCUCCAAAGAGCACUGGAACCAGAUGAUUGUGUCUCUGAUCUACAAUGUUCUGAAGACCUUCAUGGAAAUGAACAGUACCCUGUUUGAUGACCUCACUUCCUCUUACAAACUAGAGAAACAGAAGGAACAGCGCCGUGAGCGUGAGCGUCAGGACCUCUGGCGGCGGCUGGAGCAGGAGAGCGACCGCAGACAGCAGCUGAUCCAGGAGGCCAGCCUCAACCGCAGGAACCUGCAGGAGCACCACACACACGCACACACACACGCGCACGCCCACACACACACUCCGCAUGACCCCAGCACCACCAACGCCUCCUAGAGCACUCACACCACACACACACGCACCGGGGCAAACUCAGAGCCCAACUGCCUCUGGCUCAGUCCUGGCCCUGAUAUGGCCCAGA